CACUUAUCCAUUACACUAAACCCAAGAAUCAAUCCUCACCCAAAAAACAUAUAUUUCUCCAUUUCACACACACUUCACAGAUCUGAAGUUAGUGCCGUAACCCACGAGACAUGUCGACAGAUGACGCGUAAACUGCGGGGCGUCGUUGAGUAAUGAACGUUCGCCCAUUACUCAUUACUGGCCGUGACUUGGCCGUGUGACGGGGCCUUUAUUUCAGCGUUGUACUACUGUUUAGUAUGAUUUAUGCGGCGUCGUACUUUUAUUGUUUAGUUAAGCUAUCAAUCAGUGCUGUACAUUUUGGUAUUAUGUUAUACUUUCGUGGUGACAGAAACGUUACCUUGUCGACCAACUUUCUCUGUAUUUUUUUCAAAUAUAAUUAAGACUUGUUCUUGACCGCAAUCAAGACAGCUUUGUCUGAAUUAUUUAACCGUAUUCAAAUGAUCUCAACGAUUAAUUACAUUCCAAUACAGCUAUUAUGUGAACGCAAUCCGAUUAAUAAAUUUAAUCCUAUCAAAAGGUAACAUGAAUUACAUUUAGAUUUGUCGAAUAUGAAGCCCAAAGUAGCUACAUUUAAUUACCAAUUUCAGGUAUCGUUAAUUAGAAUCCUUAUAAAUACAGGCAAGUCAAAACGCUUGACAUUGAAUUAAUUGACUUCAACCUACGUGAGCCAAGUCACAAGUCAGGACGAACCGAACCCGAGCCCAUUAAUAAAGCAAAAAUAGUUAAAGAGACAGUCAUGUUCUUUGAAAGUGAUCCUUUGAUUAAUAUUCAGAACAAGGAUUAUGUGACAUCAUCACAUAUAAAUCCAAUAUUAACACCUAAAUAAAAAUUCAACAUGGCGCUCUGGAAGGAAGUAACCACUACUAAUAGAAACGCUAAUAAUAAAUUUGGGAAGUUAUAAAUUGAAGAAUGAUUAGCUCAACACAGAUUAUUACUGACAAAUGUAACAUAAGCUCCUAUUAUGUGGAAUCCCAUUGAAACGUUAAGAUUUUCGAGAAUACUCAAGGUUCACAAAGAUUAUUUGUAUGCAAUAACGGUACGCCCUCCAAACAUCUGUAGUAGCUGAAAAAAAUAAUUCCACGUCGAUAAUGUAACUCGUAUUACUUGAAAAGUGAGAGAAAUCAGCGCUCAGAUAAACGAUAAGGUAAUAACAGAAGCCGAUCCUAUCUUUUGUGCUCUUUUGUUACGUAGCGAACACAAUGUAGUUGUAAAUUUUUGGGUUCUUAACUCCACAAUGUUCCCGUCAUUAAUCUAUGGCCGUUGUAACUUGAAGCGGGGUUCGGAUCUUUUGUACCUGCUCCGCUCCUCGCCCCUUUGUACCCUGACAUGUGCGGGGCAGGGACAAAAACCUUGCACAAUAUUGUCUGCCCCAAGACAUCGGACGAUGUGAAAAUAAUACUCUGAAAUAUAAAGCGAGAAUUCCAUCCCUGCAGAACAACUUGUCUCAUACCAGUUUUCAACGAAGAUUCUAAUCUAAAGCUCGCGAAGUUCGGUCACAAAAUUUCAUCACACAUCGAAUCGAACGUUUGUCUUACGUGACUAUUUUUAAAAAUGUCACCCGCAACCACAUCUAAGCUUUUUUUGACACAUCGUUUCUACUAAGCCCUUGACAUGCAUUAACGCCUAACAUCGACGCGCACUUUUUCUGUCGAAUCUCCAGAUGUGAGUGCAUCAUUAAAAUCUUCUAUGGUACCAAAAAGAUCAAAAGUUAUCUCUUCGGUUGAAGAGGUUCUCUCUCGCCCCUGCGUCCCUUUCCCCCACGGGUCCCUUGUUGCCGCGACAGUUGAAGUCGGACGGCCGUGAGGGACGGUCGCUGCCAGCCGGGCGCCCCAGCUGCGUUGCGUACGAUACCGCGUUUGUGAAAACUGUUUUCCUUAGUGUCAUUUACAUACGUGAAGUGAAACUGAUUACGUUUUGGCAACUGUGAUGUUAUUUACUGUUCGUAUACAACAUUAACGUGUGUGACAGAUUUAUUGAAGUUUAAAGUGAAGCUUUUGUGGAUUGUUUUUAUUUCGUAAAUAGUUGCUGAUGCAUUCUAUUUUCGCUGUUUUAUUCGGGUGAUGCGCGCGCGCAAGUGAACAUGGCGCGGGGGGGUGUCGUGCUCCUCGUGCUAUGGGUGGCCGUCGCCGCCGACAAACAUGAGGCGUCUAACACAACAGAGGCCGAUCACAACACAGUGGCUCCUACACCGCCUAUACCAUUACGACCCGAGUACGCGCAUCCAGCAGGGGUCGAAGCACUAGACCCAUAUAACUCAGAAAAAAACAAUGCUCCGACACAUCACAGAGAUUAUCUGGAAGAAGAUUAUGAUCACGAAUCUCAUAAAGAAGAUGAACACGAAAAUAGAGAAGAUGCAGACGAACUGCCUUCUUUAUCCGGAGACCAUCUUCUGCAAAGUUCUACUGAUGAUUUGCCAAUGUUUCUGCUAGAACCCCAACAUGCUUUUGUGGUCAGAAAUAAACCUGCUGUCUUAAGAUGUAGGGCAGCGAAUGCUCUUCAAGUGUACUUCCAAUGUAAUGAUGUGAGGUCGGUGGCAAGUACCCAGUUUGAGUUUGUGGAUCCCCAAAGCGGAGUGAGGAUUGUGGAAGCUGAGUGUAAUGUGACCAGGGACCAGUUGGACGAGUAUUUUGGUGAAGACAGGUUCACUUGUACCUGUAAUGCGUGGAGCAGUAGAGGCGAUAUAAGGAGUCAGCCUGCUGUCGUCGAGUUGGCAUAUCUCAAGAAACCUUUCGCAAUAUCACCAACAACGACGUCAGUGGAGGCAGGAUCGGCAGCUUCGCUCCGGUGUUCCCCUCCCGCCGCCGCCCCCGCCCCGCGCGUCUCCUGGCUCAAGCACGGCCAGCCACUGCAACAAGACCACAAUGUACUGAUCUCUGCUGAAGGAAAUCUACUCAUUUCUAGGGCUACUUUGCAAGAUAUGGCAAACUACAGCUGUGUGGCUGAGAAUAUUGCUGGCAAGAGGAUCUCCGAGCCUGCUCUUUUGACCGUCUAUGUAAACGGCGGUUGGAGUUCGUGGGGCUCGUGGACGCAGUGUCGCUGCAACGGGCGCGUGACGGGCGGGCAGCGGCGCACGCGCACCUGCACCGAGCCGCACCCGCUGAACGGCGGCGCGCCCUGCCAGGGACAGGCUGUGCAGAGGACGUCGGACUGCGUGCCGUGUCAGAGUGCUCUGCCUGGACGUUGGGGCACCUGGUCUGAAUGGUCUGUCUGCGGCGCGGACUGCAGGCAGACGCGACGACGCUCGUGCACGGGGGACACGCCGUGCUCGGGAGCUCACGCACAGCAUGCCGACUGCGUUGGCGACUAUUGUGGAGUGCAUGGAGUGGCAGCUCACAGCGACAUACCUCUAUACAUAGGUAUAGCAGUCGCUGUGGUAGUAUUCCUAGCGGGAGCGGCCGUGGUAUACAAACUCCUGCAGAGGAAGACCAGAGACCAUUCUCUAUACACCAUGACGAGAACUGCAGAUUUCCAACCCGAGAUGUACCCAACUGUGGAGAAGCAGUCUCUGUCCCUGGCUCCGGACCUGAUGCAGCACCGGCCUCCAAGAUACGAGCACCCGCAGCCGGACUCCAGGGCUGAACACCAUUAUGAUGUACCGCAUCUUACUAAUAGUUUCCUUGUCCCCAGCUACGCAUCCCCGGUGGACCAUCAGGUGACUCCCUGUGCCUCGAGCAAGGGACAAAGCGACGACUACGAGAGCAAGCCCUACAGCGAGUCAGAACAUUCAGCUUCCAGUUGCUUUACUAGCUCUGGCUCAAUGUACGACGCCGCGAAUGAGUCCGUGACUCUCCAACUAGCUGAACUCGUCUCGAACUCGCCUACGUCACAAUCACUCUCUGUGUCGAGCGCUGGAGCGAGGUUGGCCCUGCCCGCUGCUGGCGUGGCCUUGUCGAUACCAGAAGCAGCCCUUAGUAGGGGCAGGAGAGAACAAAUUUAUGUAGCCGUGGUCAAGGAUGACAGAUAUCGACCGAGAUUGGGGAAAGGUAUCACGCAGCUCAGCCCAGUAGUUAAGUGCGGCCCUCCGCGUCUUCAAUUAAACAAGUCCGUCAUCCUACAAAUCCCACAUUGCGCCAGCCUUAAACAUGGCUUCUGGAAUCUGUCGCUGUACGCCAUCGACCACAACAACGCUAAGGCUGACAACACACAGCCGCAGUGGAAGAAAAUCGUCGGCCUCGGCCAGGAAACGAUCAAUACUCCCGUGUUCACUCAACUCGACAACGAUAAAAUAUUCCUAGUGACCGAUAUGCUGUCUACGUUUGUAUUAGUCGGUGAAAGUUUUAAUGGAAAGGCGGUGAAGGCGCUUCAGUUAGCGAUAUAUGCGCCGGCCGUUCUCAGCGAAACUAACGCCGACUAUAGUAUAAGACUUUAUGUAUUUGAAGAUACCCUUUGCGCGGCCUACUACUGUCAGGAGCAGGAGAAGAAACUUGGCGGCGUUCUGCUCGAGCGCCCUAAAACUUUGUUAUUCCAAGACGGCGGCUCGAAUCUCUGUUUGAAUUUGGAACAUGUCAGCCCGGGUUGGAAAGCUAAACCCGGAAUUGGUUACCAAGAAAUCCCGUUCCAGCAUGUUUGGGGAUCGAAUUACAAUGCAUUGCAUUGCAGCUUUGUAUUAGAGAGGACCCACGAUUGCGACAAUAUCGAUUUCAGCGUGUCCGCCUGUCAGAGAACCAAUCCGUCAUACAAGCAGACAUUCCGAAUAUCCCUCGACGACGUGCGCAGCCGAUCGCCGCGGGGACGUUCACCCCGCGCUGAGUCGCAGCGCAGUUUUAACAUAACAGAAAACCUUUUAGAGGCUCGUAUGUGCCGCAGCGAAGACGGGAGCGAGAGCAGCGCUAAAAAGAAUAUAACAGUUAGUGAGGCGGGCGUCAACGAGUGCGCGGCCGAGGGACCGUUUAAGUUAAGUACUCGAAUAAAACGGCAGUUGUGCGCUAUAUUGGACCCGCCGAAUGCUCGUGGGAACGACUGGCGCGCGCUGGCGUCGCGGCUCGGAGUGGAUCGGUACACGACGUGGUUCGCCACGAAGAGCUCGCCGACCGAGGCCAUCCUGGAGCUGUGGGAGUGUCGGGAGCGCGGCGCGGGCGCCACGGCCGCGCUGGCCGCCGCGCUGCGCCAGAUGGACCGCCACGACGCCGCCGACCUGCUGCACGGCCGGCCCUCCUGGUUAUGAAUUCCUCACUAACCACUACACUACUCUAAAUGAUGAUUCAGAUUCAACGGUACGUACUCAUGUGUAUUUCAAUAAGACUAUUGUGAAUGAUGAUAAAUGUGGAACUAUAGGCCUAUACGAACGAAUGUAUAUGGACGAUUGUUGGUAAUGUAAUGAGUAGUUUAAAUGUUACGUUAGAAAAAAAGUAUAGUUUCGUAGGCCGACGGCCUAAGUUUGUAAAAUCUUCGUAGUAUAUUUUGUAUAGAAUAUUCUAUGCUGUAGAUAAGCGAUCGAUGAAUAAAUUAUAUUAUAUUAGCAAUAAUAGUGCCUACAAUGUCUUUUAAAGAAACAUCGUCGACUAACAGUCGGCGGCGGUUGGUUAUUUUGUUAUUUUUUGUAUAGUGUUUGAGUGUUUUAUUAACUGAGAAAUUUGCUUAUUUUCGUACUUUAUUUGCUUGCAAUUAUUUUCAACUUGCUUCUUGAAGAUUUGAACUUUGUGCCAAAUAUGUACUGCCACAGCAAAAUUUUGGCAAUAAUCUAAAAGAAAAUGUUAUACGUGUCUAACUCUGAGCUUAUUUAGCUACUUUUUAAAGUUACAACUAAGUAUUUUUACUCGAAGUUAGAUGAAUUUCUACUAUUUACAUGAAGUUUGACCUUCCCAUUACUUUAAUGAAAAAAAUGCUACUUCUCAUACAAUCAUAACAUUUGCCAUAAGGUAUACAUAUGUUAGCAAAAUUACUGACAACAAGUAAAUAUGCCACUAUGGACCGUAUCUAUGCAGUCUACCUAUCUUUCUAUCUACAAAGAAACAUCCAAUUACCUCUACAAUAGUAGCAAAUUCAUCUACCAUCACCUUUUACUAUAAAGACUUUACAACUGCAUUUAAACUAAUUCACUGUUAACUUACUAAGACAAAGUUCUAAGUCCUUUCUAUACGCGAUAAUCCUUUUAGACGAAUACAGUUGCAAGUUAGACGUUCUUAAUGUCAUUAAAUGUCAAUGUACUGAAGAACUGCAGAGCACUUUUUGAAGUAGAGGAAGCGAGAUAGCUUAUUCACGGUGUAGAGCGAUCUCUCUCUUACUCAACUACAAUAGUAGUUCCCUUAGAUAUGGUAGUAGACCCCUGAGGUCAGAGUUCUGACGUGUGUUGCUAAUGGUACCUCUUUACUUUACUGGUGCAUUUGAAGCAAGCGUUUGCUACGAUAGCUCUCUAGUGAGUCAUGUGUUGUGGUCCCGAUUUUAAAUUUUCUGAUCUUCGUAAGGUUGUACGUAAAAUAGAUUUCGUUUUUUUUUCAAGCAUUUCCCAAAUCAGCAUUGAAUGAGAUAAUGAAAUUGAACAUUUUGGACAAAAUAAUGAAUUCAAGGACUUUUUUCUACUUCUUAAAACACAUUUUAGUCGAACGUGAUUAAAUGAAAUCUUAUACAAACAAAACCUAAGAACAACAACUGUAUUUAGUCGUUUUUAGAAAAUAAUCUAGAUUAGUUUGUAGCCCUUUUUCACUCUAACUGCCAUUGAACACUGCCCUUAACAUAUCGCGUAGAGAAAAGAACGAACUUCGCUCUCUCCCACUUCUCAAAGUAAUGCGGCAGUUGUAGAAAGAGAGAGCGCAUUACAAGCUGUAGAGCGUUUUCUCACUUCUGCAAUCGCAAUAACCCUCCUUUAAGACGUGGUGAAAGGCCCUCAGCUACUCAAUAGAAGAGAUCUUGCAAACUUCUUGAUUAAGUGUAUUUACUGCCGGAAUCGACGAAACAAGUUUUAUAGCUGAUACACUUAAUACUGGCCUAAAAUAAUUUGGAGUCGAAGUUCUGUUUCGCUAAUAGUGAAAACUAUUAUUAUAGUUUUAAACUGGAACGUAAGUCACUACAAGAACAUUCGAAAUUUCGACAUUUUGUGUUCAAUACAUGAAUGAAGUUUUUAUUAAAAUAGUUUACAAAGUUGU